CGCCCCCGCUGCCGCCACCACAGCAGCCGCCUCCGGGACCUUCUGAGUAGGCGCGGGCCGCCGCGGGCUGGGGCGCUGCAGUGCGCCGUCCGGAGCCCCUGAACGAGGCCCAGGGAGCCGCUCGCCCAGACCCCGCCGCCCGAUGUCCUCAAGAUGGAGGCAGGGGGGAGGGCGGCGUGAAGAAAGCGGCGCUGUGGGCGCGGGGGCCAGGGCGCGGGCGCUCCGGGCGGAGGCGGUGGCGGGAUGGGGCUGCUGCUCAUGAUCCUGGCGUCGGCCGUGCUGGGCUCCUUCCUCACGCUGCUCACCCAGUUUCUGCUGCUUUACCGCAAACAGCCCGAGCCGCCGCGGGACGAGGCCGCCCGCGCGGCCGACGGCUUCCGCUACAUCAAGCCGGUGCCGGACCUGGCCCUGAGAGAGUACCUUUAUGGCGGCGGCGGGGCUGAGGAGCCCUCCGGCGGGCCACCGGAGGGCGGCACGACUCCUGCCCCCGAGACCCCCGCCACGCCGACGCGGGAGACCUGCUACUUCCUCAACGCCACCAUCCUGUUCCUGUUCCGGGAGCUGCGGGACACCGCGCUGGCCCGCCGCUGGGUCACCAAGAAGAUCAAGGUGGAGUUCGAGGAGCUGCUGCAGACCAAGACGGCCGGGCGCCUGCUGGAGGGGCUGAGCCUGCGGGACGUGUUCCUGGGCGAGACCGUGCCCUUCAUCAAGACCAUCCGGCUCCUCCGGCCCGUGGUGCCCUCGGCCACCGGGGAGCCCGACGUUCCGGAGGGAGAGGCGCUGCCCGCCACCUCCCCCGAGGAGCUGGCCUUCGAGGCGGAGGUGGAGUACAGCGGGGGCUUCCACCUGGCCAUCGACGUGGACUUGGUCUUCGGCAAGUCCGCCUACCUGUUCGUCAAGCUGUCCCGGGUGGUGGGGAGGCUGCGCUUCGUCCUCACCCGCGUGCCCUUCACCCACUGGUUCUUCUCCUUCGUGGAGGACCCGCUGAUCGACUUCGAGGUGCGCUCCCAGUUCGAAGGGCGGCCCAUGCCCCAGCUCACCUCCAUCAUCGUCAACCAGCUCAAGAAAGUCAUCAAGCGCAAGCACACCCUCCCGAGUUACAAGAUCAGGUUUAAGCCGUUUUUCCCAUUCCAAACCUUGCAAGGAUUCGAAGAAGAUGAUGAAGAGCAUAUCCAUAUACAACAAUGGGCACUUACUGAAGGCCGCCUUAAAGUUACAUUGUUAGAAUGUAGCAGGUUACUUAUUUUUGGAUCCUAUGACAGAGAGGCAAAUAUUCAUUGCACACUUGAGCUGAGCAGUGGCGUUUGGGAAGAAAAACAAAGGAGUUCUAUUAAGACGGUUGAAUUAAUAAAGGGGAAUUUACAAAGUGUCGGACUUACACUUCGUCUUGUCCAGUCAACUGAUGGGUAUGCUGGGCACGUCAUAAUUGAGACUGUGGCCCCAAACUCACCUGCUGCAAUUGCUGAUCUUCAGCGGGGAGAUCGACUGAUUGCUAUUGGAGGUGUGAAAAUCACAUCUACACUGCAAGUGUUGAAGCUUAUCAAGCAGGCUGGCGACCGAGUCCUCGUAUAUUAUGAGAGGCCUGUUGGCCAGAGUAACCAGGGUGCAGUGCUGCAAGAUAACUUUGGACAGUUGGAAGACAACUUUCUGUCAGGCUCAUGCCAACCAAACUAUGAAGAGGAAACAAGUGGGUUGGCAGUAGAUGCUGAAAACAGAGACCUGGAUUCUGAAUUUGAAGACUUAGCAAGUGAUGUGAGAGCACAAACUGAGGUCAAAGAUGAGGCACAGUCAUUAAGUCACAGUCCCAAACGUACUCCAACAACACUUUCUGUUAAACCCCUUGGAACUAUAUCACCAGUUUUAAACCGUAAGUUAGUUGUAGGAAGUUACCCACCACCCCCAAAACUUCCAUCCAAAGAAGGAAAUAAGCCCUUGGCCCUAAAAUCUUCUGAGAUAACAGAACCAGCACAAGUGUCAAAACCCACCCAAGGAUCCACUUUCAAACCACCUGUGCCACCACGACCGCAAGUCAAAGUUCCUUUGCCUUCUGCUGAUGCCCCAAAUCAGGCAGAACCAGAUAUUCUCCUUGAAAAGCCAGAGAAGGUGCUGCCACCGCCUGCUGCAGAUAAACCUGCUGAAAAGCAAGCGAAAAAUCUGGAUCACGUAGAAGAAGCAGCUGCAGCUAAGCAGUUUUUAGCAAAGCAAGAAGUGGCAAAAGAUUUGACUUCAGAAAGUCCCUGCCCUCCUAAGGACAGUUCAGAUGACCAUCAAACGUGGGAAUCGUCAGAAAUUCUUUACCGUAAUAAGCUUGGAAAAUGGACAAGAACCAGAGCCAGCUGUCUCUUUGACAUAGAAGCCUGCCACAGGUACUUAAACAUCGCACUGUGGUGCAGGGAUCCUUUCAAAUUAGGGGGUCUCAUCUGUUUGGGGCAUGUCAGCUUGAAACUUGAAGAGGUGGCUUUAGGAUGCUUAGCUACAUCGAACAUGGAAUACCUUUCCAAAUUCAGACUGGAAGCCCCGUCACCUAAGGCCAUGGUCACAAGAACCGCGCUGCGUAAUCUGAGUAUGCAGAAGGGGUUCAAUGACAAAUUUUGUUUCGGUGAUAUUACUGUUCACUUCAAAUAUCUGAAAGAAGGAGAGCCAGACCACCAUGUAGUUACUAACUUAGAGAAGGAAAAAGAACUCCAUUUGGUUGAAGAGGUUUCUGCCCUACCUAAAGAGGAGCACUUCGUUGGACAGAUGGGUUUAACAGAAAAUAAACAUAGUUUCCAGGAUACUCAGUUCCAGAACCCAACUUGGUGUGAUUACUGUAAGAAAAAAGUUUGGACUAAAGCUGCUUCCCAGUGUAUGUUCUGUGCUUAUGUUUGCCAUAAAAAAUGUCAGGAAAAGUGUCUAGCCGAGACUCCUCUUUGUGGAGCAACUGAUCAGCGGAUAGACCGGGCCCUGAAAAAUCUCAGGCUGGAAGGACAAGAAACCCUCUUAGGCCUGCCCCCUCGGGUUGAUGCUGAAGCUGGGAAGUCAGUCAACAGAACAACAGGUUUGACAAGACAUAUUAUCAAUACGAGCUCUCGUUUGUUAAAUCUGCGUCAAGUCUCUAAAACUCGCCUUUCUGAGCCAGGAACUGAUCUAGUAGAACCUUCACCAAAACACACACCCAACACAUCAGACAACGAAGGCAGUGACACAGAGAUCUGUGGCCCGAACAGCCCUUCUAAACGGGGCAACAACACAGGAAUAAAAUUAGUGAGAAAGGAGGGUGGUCUGGAUGACAGCGUUUUCAUCGCAGUUAAAGAAAUCGGUCGUGAUCUGUACAGGGGGUUGCCUACAGAGGAGAGGAUCCAGAAACUAGAGUUCAUGCUAGAUAAACUGCAGAAUGAAAUUGAUCAGGAGUUGGAACAUAAUAAUUCCCUUGUUAGAGAAGAAAAAGAGACAACAGAUACGAGGAAAAAAUCACUUCUUUCUGCUGCUUUGGCUAAAUCAGGUGAAAGACUGCAAGCUCUAACACUUCUUAUGAUCCACUACAGAGCAGGCAUUGAAGAUAUUGAAUCUUUAGAAAGUCUCUCCUUAGACCAGCACUCCAAAAAAAUAAGCAAGUACACAGAUGAUACGGAAGAAGACCUUGAUAGUGAAAUUACCCAACUAAUAGACUCUCAGCCAUUCAGUAGCAUAUCAGAUGACUUAUUUGGCCCAUCUGAGUCUGUGUAACAGUCUGUUUAAACUUUCAAGUGAUUGAGGAAAAGUUGCAUCUCAAGUACCACAGAUACAACCACAUUUAAACCCUCUUAAUAUGCACUUUGGCCUGCUUCUUCACAGUUAUUUGCUUGUGUAAGAACUAGAGUGGAAAAGGUGGUUUUCCAGCAAAAACAUGACCAGCUCACUAAAUUGGUUGUUUCAGAUUGCAUUUAUAGAUAUGCUUUUUGGGUUUAUACUGGGAAUUUAUUUUUACUAAUUUAUUUUUAACUUUUUCUAAUUAUGUAAUUAUGUAAGCUGCCUUUCUGUGUUUAUGUAGGUGUGAUGUCUCAUUGUUUUUUUUCCUUUCUCUUCCUAGUUUUUGAAUUAGUAUUAAAUAGGAUACUGUCCAGAGUCUUGAAAUAUUUUCAUUUCUAUCACAGUUAUAACAAAUUUGCUGCAUGCCCAAAUUGACAACAGCAAUCAUUGAGGGGGAACAGGUUUUGAAUCUUACUUUGUGUUAUGAAGUUUGUCAUAUCUACUUGCUUGAGACUUUUGUUAUUUUGUGGUUUGUGGGGAGUGCUUUUUGUUUUGAUUUUGCCAAAUGUAACAUGAAAGCAGAUGCCGCAGCUUUAGUUCGUUAUGCUGAUUUAGUAAAAAAAAAAAAAAAAAAAAAAAUUUACAUAUAUUGCUUGUUUUUUAUGCUUUUUUGAAAUUUUUUUCUAAAGCUUAUGUGCAGUUUAAGUAUAGUGAGAAUAUAGUGAUUAAUUUGAAGAGCUUGCAUUGAAAAACAAAAUGCAAUAGGGAAUAAAUACAGAAUGCAGUUGGUCAAGAAUUUUGAGAGGAUGACCACAUUACUAAAAAAA